UGGGAGGUCAGCUGACUCGACCAAAACAAAUAUGGCGGCUGCAGUCGCGACGGUAAACACAGCGAGGCAUUUUGCCUUCUUUUCUUUGAUUUUCCUUCCGGCAUUUUGCAGAUUACUCGUUUUGUAAAGUUACGGUUUAACUAGUGGACUGUUGCUAGGAAUUAUAUUAACGGACAACAACCGUGAAUCCCGCAAAAUAAGCGGAAGUACCUGCCUCUCGUUUAAAACCAAACAUCCGCCUCUGUAACGUGUGUUUAUGAUGCGUCUGUCGUCGACGCAGCGACACGAGGAUGAUAAAACAUGAGGGAAAUACAUUAAUGUAAGGCAGCUGUGCCAGUUGAAGAGGUAACGCUGUGAACAAGAUGUAACGUCUCUCACGCUGAACUAAAAAACAAGAGAUGGACUUGAAGGUGGGAACAACCUGAGAGGUAAACAGGGGAAAGUUACGGAUAUUUGAUGAUGGGUUUGGUGAACUUUGUUAUCUCCACUUUCGGAAAAUGCCUGGACGCUGUGUGUUUACUGCUGGACCUGAACUUUGUCAUCGUCCACACCGUGGUGCGGACUCUCCUGGGGGUUAUCUCCUUCAUAAACAACCUGCCCACCCUCCUCCUCACCUCGGUGCUGGAGUUGGGGAACUUCAUCCUGUUUUGCGGCAUGUCCAUGGCGGAGGCAACAUCAGACCUGGCCCACAGUACAGUCGCCAUGCUGGGGAGCCUGGUGCUGGCCCUGGAGGGGCUGCUGGAGAGCCUGAAGAUGAUGGGUUACCUGUCCAUGCACGUCCUGCUGCGGGGGAAGGAGCACCUUUGUCGAGGGCUGCUGUCAGUGCUGGAGGGCUGCGGCAUCGCUGUCAGCCUGGUGGUGUAUUUCGCCAACACUGUGGUAAACUUUGCACUCAUUGCCACCCAGAACAUCUACCUGGCGGUGCUCAGCGUGUGGCAGACAGUGUCCAGCCCGCUGCAGAAGGUGCUUGAGCUGGCGCUGACCUCCUUCACUUUUCUGUACAGCAGCCUGGUGGGUACGUCAGCUUUCCUGUGGUCACCCUGUAAACUGGUGUUGGACUUCCUGGUGUCACUGGUGCACAUAUUCAUCAGCAUCUUCAUCCUGAACAUCUACGGCCUUCUGCUCACUGUCGCUAUCGCUCUGACGACCACCGCCUACCUGAACCCAGGACUGACCCGACAGGCAGCUGCUCGAAUUAUGGGUUACAUUAACUCCUUUCCAGUACUGCGCAGGCUGUAUGUGGCUCUGCACCGCCUCCCUUCAGACUUGUGGCACAUCCCACGUUUUGUACUCAUUAACGUGCAGCACCUGCAAAGGAUACUCCAUCACCUCUACCUACUGGAGAGAGGACUUUGGCAGCAGCUUUCUCGACACAGCAGCCAGCUGGGCCUCACACUGCGGGCGCAGCUCCACAGGGACAACAACAACAGAGUGCGAGGCGACGGUGAUCCUGGAGAGGAGAGGCGGGACCCACCAGAUGGAAGGGCAGGAGAUGGAGCCCAGCAAGAGCUGUUGGAUUUAGUUUUGCCCUCAUCCAGUACAGACAGACCGCUAAAGAAGCAGUCAGCUUCAGGCAAAGACGGUAAACCUCUGCCUGCCGAGAAUCUGCUGACUCUACUGAAGGAGCAGGAGGACAGGAAGAAGUGUGUGAUCUGCCAGGAUUGUAUUAAGACGGUGGUGCUGCUGCCAUGCAGACACCUCUGCUUGUGUAGAGACUGUACAAACAUCCUCCUGAGGCAGCCCAUCUACCAACAGAACUGCCCACUCUGUCGUCAUAUGAUCCUCAACACCAUGGACGUGUAUCUAUGAGGGACCGACAGAAGCAGGUCUAAGGAGCCUCACAGCUUAUCAGUAUAUACAGUGUUUACCACCACUGAAAUCAUAUUGAAGUACUUGGGAUGUGUUUACUAAGUCAUGUAAAAAAUAAGCGUAGUGAUACUUUAUUUGCUGUUACAUGUCAAGACCAAAAAUAGCAACGCUCCUCUUCUGACUUCAGCAUUCAGCCUCAAACCUUUCCAUUCCUACUGAAGCUGGCGGUUUCAUAAAUAUGUUGUUUUAUUUUUAAAACGCUUUUUCCCUGCAACAGCUGAGCUCUGGGUUUUUUAAAAAAAAUAUUAAUGAAAAAGUGGUGAAUAUUGGAAACUACUGCACUUUGACUAGACACGUGUUAACAAACUAAAACGUAAAGUGGAACAAAGAUAGAUAUGUAGAUCUCAUAGACUUUGGUUUCAGCUUUGUGUCCUCUGAGUGCAGUAGAGCAAAACAAAAGAAAGCACAUGCUAUGUCUCAAUUCCUUAUUAUAUACUAACUGUAUACACUAUAUGCUACACACUAAUGUUUUUUACCGGUUUUGCAGUUAGUGUGCAUCGAUCAGCCACAACAUUAAAACCACUGACAGUUCUAUAACAUCUGGUAUCUCAUGAUUUUGCAAUGUUCUGCUUGGAAAACUGAAGUCCAGGCAUUCAUGUGGAUGCUUCUUUGACACACGCCACCAACCUGAACAUUGUUUCCCCCAGCAUUGUAGACCCUGUUCCCAAACUCAUAGAUCUAAAUCCAGCUGAGUGUCAGUGGGAUGCACCAGAGCUCACCCAAUCCCCAGAGGCUCCAUUCUACAACCCACUGGACCCAAAUUACUCUGCCAACAUCCAGGUGCCAAACAACACAGGCCACCUGCACAGGUCCUGAUUCCAUGCCUAGACUGGACUCAAUUCAAGGGGAGACAUAAAACAGUAGACGGGUGGUUUGCAUGUUGUGGCUCAUCUGUGUGUGUGUUUUGUUUUUUGUUUUUUUGUUUUUUUGUUCAAAAAUGGAACUAAACUUUUUCACCGCCAACCCGAACAGUUCUUGCCUUUACUUUAAGAAUUACAUUGUGGGAAAAUAGUUACUAGUUAGUUAAUAGGACAGUUGUUUUUUUGCUUUCUAGUAUGCUCAAAUCCUGUUUUGAAAUAUGGAUUAAGACUAAGAUCCACCUGGUCAAAUAUUCCAGUCUUGCCACGUUGAGUUUCAGGUGUCUUAGCCCUGGUAAUCCGUUGGUAUCCCUUAUGCUGAAAUGUUUACCACCGCUAAUGUCUUAAAACGUGCUUGUAGCGGGCCAUGCUGUGAAGGAGGAGCGCUCACACUGUGCUUUACUGCAUGAGUAUAACGAUGAUUCCACACAUGCUGUAUGUAUGAACGCUGUACCUAUCUAAGCGUAUUCCAGCUUCCACCAGUUCAAUCUCUGUCUGUAAAUGAUGACCACUUUCAUUUUGGCUGCGUUUUCACUUUUUGCAUAAAACCCUGUGUACAGAGUAACACAGAUUUUGGGUAUGUGAGGAAAGUGAUGUAUGGUUUUCCAGUCAGCCUUUGUUACUUUAAUUUGUUCUAUUGAUAGGGCUUUUCCAGUCUUCCACCAGAGGUGUGUUACUGCCACCACCAACAAAUAAUCCAUAAAUGGUUUUCCCUUUCUUUUGACAUUGUAAUAGAACUGAUUUCUGUUGCAUAAAAGGACCAUAAACUAAUAAGGCUUUACAAUUUAAUUUGCUUUUGUUUCUCAUAUGUUGCUGUCUAAGCCAAGGUGUUAAUAUUGAUCUGUGUUUAAAGUUUACAGGGCAUUUUUGUGACACCACUUAAUGUGUCAUUAUUAUUGAUGAUGGAUGAUGUGGAGUCUGAUUUAGGGAAAAGAAAGUGCCAUCUGUUAUAUGGAUGCAUAUAAAAGCUUUUCCCCCCCAUUUAAAUAACUUUGUACGAUUAGAGGACAUUUUUGUGACUGCAGUUAUGCCAUGUAAUAUCAAAUACUGACAUUGUGUUACCCAGACGUUGUUUAUGGAAGUGGUCUGAAUGUCAGUUUUUGAAGUUUGUCGAUGGAUGAUUUCUUCACUACAGACUCCUCCCCUCAGGUAUUUCUAAAACACCUAUGGCGCUCCUAACUAAAAGUUGCAGUGGACUGAAAACAGCUCACGUGACCAUCAUCUGUGAACAGUGAGGGACAAUGUGAUUUGAAGACGUGAAUGUAAGUUGUGUUUUAUAAAAUGCAAUGGCUGCCACACAGCUGGCAAAUCUUCUGUUCGUAAUAAAACAACAAUCACUGAAA